AUGCCAGCCCGAGCAAACGGCUCCCUCCAGAGGGGAGACGAUGACGAAGUAUGUCCCGUCUGCAAGUCGUCCAGAUACCUCAAUCCGGACAUGCGAUUUCUCAUCAACCCAGAAUGCUACCAUAAAAUGUGCGAGUCAUGUGUCGACCGCAUAUUCUCUUCAGGCCCUGCUCCUUGCCCAGUUGCCGGCUGCCGAAAAACCCUGCGGAAAAAUAAAUUCCGGAAGCAAACCUUUGGGGACCUUGCGGUUGAGAGGGAAGUCGAUAUCAGAAAACGGGUAAUGGGCAUUUUGAACCGACGAGAAGAAGAAUUCGACAAUAAACGUGCAUGGGAUGACUUCCUUGAACAACGAGAGGAGAUUAUAGCCAAUCUCGUAAAUGACAUCGACGUUGCCAAAACGGAAGCCCAACUCGCCCAGUACUCCGCAGAAAACUCUGCCUCUAUUCGUCAUAACAAGGACCUUGCCAGAAAGGAGAAUGAGUCUUUUGAGUUUCAUCAGUCCGCGGAGCAGGAGGAGCUUCGUCGGCGACGUGAAGCCGCCAGGCUGGACUACGAGAACGAGAGGAAGGCCAAAAUUGCCAGUCGCGAGGAUAUAAUCUCCCGCCUCGCAUCUGGAGAUGCUGAGGAGGCCAAAGCAGUUGCCCGUGAGUCUGAACGAGCCCAUCAGCUGAAGAAAUCUUCCGCCAGACGCAGCGAGGAAGAGAGGUUGAAGCGGAAGCAAGCUGCCUUACGAGCUGCAGAGAGCGCGAACAAAGGCCCAUUGGCUGCCGGGGCAGGCAAUGCUGCAGCCGCCGGUGGAGGGUUGAUUAAGGGCCUAAGGAAGAUCAAGACUCCUGAACCAGAGAAGCCGUAUGAUCCGUUUGCCGGUGCUGCAGCACUAAACAGCCGUGACUAUUAUGAACUCCGUGAUCACUACCCGUCAACAUAUCUUGACCCGCUACGUGAGGAUACGAGGGUUCUGGCUGGUGGCUAUGAUUUACGAGAAUAUUAUGAAAGGACGCUCCUAGAGGCCUUUGCAGGCCUUGCUUGUUUUGUCAGUGAGGAGAUACCCGUGAGAGACAAAUCAGUCGCAGCACCGGCGUCGAGAGGAACACCACCAGCACAGAAAAUACCGGCAAAGCUUUCUACGCCGUCUUCAUUGCCUGCCAAACGACGGGCGCAGGGAAUGGAAACCAUCUCAAAGAACAGCGAUGAUGUGUUCUAG